AUGCUUUUUGGGAAGCGCUUUUCUCGUAAAUCCCGGCUAAUCACCACAGAAGGUGGUAAUCGACUGCAUAAGGUCGAAGCUGAUGCUGAAGGAGUCCUAAUACCACUCUCUCCAAGGAUGAAUGUCAACACACAAAGUGCCUCUGAUCCUAUUGUUUCUAAUGUUUCUCUCCAACACUCCUUUGUCUCUAGCCCUUUGUCAUCUCCCGUCGAAUUUGGCAAUGCUUUUGAAUUCUCACCGGAAAGUGGCAUUGUCGAUCCUAAAUUGCCGAAGCAGAGGAGUAAAAAGGCUUUAGCUCCUACUGAUGUUGUGUCGAUUUCUGACGAUGACAUCCCUGCACAGUACCAAUCCAUUUUUACGUAUGAAAGCGCAUUUCAUGAUUACUCCAAAUCAUUGACUGAUUUUGAUGAAGAAUCUAAGGUUACACUUGGCAGUGGUGUCUACUUGCUCCUCGUUUCACUAUCUGCCUUUCUCUUUCUCUUUGCUUUUCCUGUAACUGCUAUUUUCUGCAUUAAGAGGCUGUCGAAGACCAAAAGGGUGGUUGUAUUUAGGCUUGGCCGACGACUGAAGCCUCGUGGUCCAGGAUAUGUUUUGAUCCUUCCAUUUGUGGAUGAAUAUCAUGUCGUUGAUCUUGCUGAGCAAGCACUUGAAGUCAAACCGAUGUCUGCUUCAACGGCCGAUGGUGGUGAGGUAGAACUUGGCUGUUGUUUGGUCUAUCAUAUCAUUGAGGUUGAAUUAGCGGUUACGCACUGGAUACGCGAUCCCCGUCACUUUGUUCUGGAGAAAGCCCAAUCGGCACUUCCAGCGGCCACUCGUCGAAUGGAUUGGCAUGACAUCAUCUCCGGCCAUGCUUUAUCCGACAUUGCCUGCGAUGUUCGCGCAUCUGUUAACUCCUGCUGCUCGUCCUAUGGGAUCCAAAUCUUAGAGGUGAAGUUAUCUGAAGUAGUGUCGGUGCGGGAGCCUUCAAUCACCUCCGACAAGGUUCACAACAUUGAUUUCCAAAAGCUUGGGAAGCAAAUUGCGAGUCUUUCCCCACUGUUACUUGGCGGAGAGGGUGUCAGAGACAAUCAGAAGGCUUCGAUGGAGUUUACCGCAAUGAUCAGUCAAAUAGCAUCGAUAAAAAUACCACAAGUUGCAAAUCCUCCCCCACCACCAACACCACCACCAAUGUCGACAAGUAGCGUGGCGAAUGAAACGAGUUCAGGGAAAGUCUGUGAUGUGGUUGAGCAGGCUCUCUUGAGGGGACAGGUUUUCCUACGCAACGAAAGGACCCGAGCAGCACUUGGAGGCGCAAGUCUCCAAGUAUUCGUCUACACUUCGAAUAUCCAACAAGAAAGUGACUAUGCUGCCGCAUUCUAUAUGGACUCAGGUACAGGCAAAGGUGAACGUGGCAUCUUGGACUUCAAACAACCUUCUGCUACAGUACACAUAAACGAAACUAACCUCUCUAAUACGCUUAAUGGGCGCUUGGAUCUCCUAGAGGCCCUGAAACGGUCUCAAAUCCGUUUCGCAGGAAGCCUCCUAGCUCUCUCAAAACUACGCUUUCUCCUUCAAUUUCAGUAG